AUUACCUCGCUCGUGGUAGUGGACAGUCAGUUGUCGCUCAUUUUGCAGCCCACUCUUGUCCCUCUUUCUGAGAUCCAUCAACAUUAAGGAUCAUGCGCCAAACGAUGAGGCUUGAUGUCGGCCUAGUGACAGGCCUGGCUGCCUUUUCGGGGCUGGCUGAGGCGUUUUGGCGUCUUCCAUGCCGUGGAAGAGCUGGUUUGGCUCGUCUUGAUCCCCUUAUGGACCCCGGAAAGGAUUCGUACCAUGUGCAUGCAAUUCAUGGACCUGACACCUUCGCCAUGACCGCCGAUAUGGAUACCCUGAGGGAUGGCAGCUGCACUUCAUGCGCAGUCACCCAGGACAAGUCGGCGUACUGGCACCCCGCUCUCUACUUCAUGCACGAGAAUGGUGAUACUGAAGUUGUCGAUCAAGUGGGAGGCAUGCUUGCCUACUAUCUCCUUUACGGAAACAAUGUGACCGCAUUCCCAGAAGGCUUCCGCAUGGUCGCCGGUGACACCUACAAGCGCGACUUUAAAUGGCCUGUUCCCGAUCCUCCCACGUCUGAAUGGUCUGGUGAACAGGAAUCGCAAGCUGCCCUUCGCCAGAAGGCGAUCGGCUUCAACUGCCUGAACUACAACAAGGCAGCCGAACCCUCGCUCGGUCGACACUUCUUGCCUAACAAGACCUACCUUGAUGAGCACUGUACCGAUGGUGUUCGUUUUGAAAUCAUGUUCCCCUCUUGCUGGAAUGGCAAGGAUGUCGACUCUGAUGAUCACAAGUCGCAUGUCGCCUACCCUUCCACGGUGAUGGAUGGAACAUGCCCGGAGGGCUACGAGACUCGUGUCGUUUCUCUUUUCUUCGAGACUAUUUGGAACACUUAUGCUUUCAAGGACAAGAAGGGCACAUUCGUAAUUUCUAACGGUGACCCGACUGGCUUCGGUUACCACGCAGACUUUAUUCAUGGCUGGGAGUCUGGUGUCCUGGAGCAAGCAGUGAAGAAGUGUACCAAUCUUUCCGGCCGCGUUGAAGAUUGCGAUGUGUUCGACAUCCAGAGCGAGGCCGACCAGCGGAAGUGCAAGUUUGAGGUUCCGACUCUUUUGAAGAAUGAGGAUGUUUACUCUCACAAGGGUGGCCUUCCUAACGACCUCGUCGUCGGGUAUGGACCCGCUUAUGCAAGCCCCAUUGAGUACACUACAGCCACGGCCACGCAAGCUCCCGGUGCCUCAGUGUCGGCCUCGGCGUCCGUAUCGAUCGGGUUAUCCAUCGACUUGCCAGGCAUCGUGGCUGUCGAAACUUCGACCAGCUCCCCUACGACGCCCACAUGGACACCUACCCCAACAACCUCUUAUAUCGAAGGCGAUGUUACCCAGGCGAUUGUUUACGUCGAACGUGAGAUCACCGUUCUGGUGGAUGGACAGGGAAACCCUCUUACAACGCAGACCGGAGGUCUUGAGACCGUUUCCACUGUCAUGUCGACUACCACCAGCAUCAUCUCUACUGUUGUUACUACACCAACCGCUCCUCCUGCCAAGAGAGACCUGCAUGAGCACAAACAUGCUCAUGGACAUCAUCGUCAUGGCCACCACUAAACAAGAACUUCUGAGGUGGUUCAAAUGACGACCAACAAGAUGAAUGGCAAAACCAAGGUUCCCUAAUGGGAUUCUUCCCGUUCUUAUCCGUCAUUCCUAUACCUGUCUCGUGCUUUCAAGUUCAUACCUCGAUUCAUCGAGUCCGGCACGAGCAUUGUGCUUCGCUCCAAAGCUUGCUCCGGGAGACUUCUCUUCUUUCGUUUAUAGUUUUCUUCACCUUGUCAAUGCCUUAUCCCUGUUAUUUGGUUGUAUAUGUUACUCUUAUCUGCUUCUUAUCCUUGAGGGAACAGUUGAAGCGCGAGAUUGAUUUUGUUCUUCUCUUGAUGAGAGUCGGGAUGAGCUUUGUUAAAUAAAAACCAAUGAAUACGUCCUGGAGAACUCCAGACUGACCACGCCCUUGUAUGAUUACGCUAUUCAAAAUUGCUUUUCGCACGCAGGAUGUAUGAUACCUUUGUAGCAUUUAAUGCUAUCUCUUUUUUCAAAUGAAUCAUAUCAGCGUAAUAU